AAGAGUUACAACAUGGCGUCUGCGUCUUCUCAGGAGGAAGACUCCUUCACUUGUCCAGUCUGUCUGGAGCUGUUGAGGGAUCCAGUGACGAUUCCAUGUGGACAUAAUUUCUGUAUGAGGUGCAUUAAAAGCUGCUGGGAUCAGGAGGAUAGUAAAGGAGAAUACAGCUGUCCCCUCUGCAAACACAACUUCGACUCAAGGCCUGUCCUCCACAAAAACCGUCUGAUGGCUGAAAUGGUGGAGAAGUUCGGGAAGACCAGCAUCCAAGCUGCUGCUCCUGCUCGCUGUUAUGCUGGACCUGGAGAUGUGGCGUGCGACGUCUGCACUGGGAGAAAACUAAAAGCUGUCAAGUCCUGUCUGGAGUGUUUGAAGUCGUAUUGUGACACUCACCUAAAUGCUCACAAUGAACUUAUCGAUAGAAAUCACAACAUGAUUGAUGCCACAGGCCAGCUACAGGAGAGGAUCUGCCCCCACCAUAAUAAGGUUUCAGAAAUAUUCUGUCGCACCGACCAGAGUUGCAUCUGCUAUCUGUGUACGAUGGAUGAUCAUAAAGGCCAUGACACAAUCACAGCGAAGGCAGAGUGGAGUCAUAAAAAGGAGGGGUUGGGGCAGAGCCAGAGGAGAUGCCAGCAGAUAAUACAGUUGAAGGAGAAGGAGCUGCAGGAGCUGAGGAAGGCUGUGGAGACUCUCAAGUCUGGUGCACAGACAGCAGUGGAGGAGAGUGAGAGGAUGUUUACUGUGAUGAUCCGCUCCAUUGAGAGAAGACGCUCUGAGGUGACGGAGCUGAUCAGAGCUCAGGAGAAGGCUGAGAUGAGUCGUGCUGAAGGACUCCUGAAGCGACUGGAGCAGGAGAUUGCUGAGCUGAAGAAGACGGAUGCUGAGAUGAAGCAGCUUUCACUGACACAAGAUCCCAUCCAUUUCCUCAAGAACAUUGUGUCCAUCACUGCAAGGCCUUACAACACAAUCUCAACCAGCGUGACCUUCAGCCAAAGCUUCUCCUUGGAGCCCCUGAAGAAAUCUGUAUCUGCACUGAAGAUGCAGCUGGAGGAGAAAUUAGAUUCCAUCUUCCAACAAGAAAUAGUCAAGAUAUCUGCAGCAGCAGCGAAAAAUGUCCAGAUCAUCCAGAACAUACAGAUGUCUGAUGGCCAGGCUCUUACUGCUGAACCAGUGACCAGAGAGGACUUCUUACAGUAUUCCUGUCACUUCACUCUGGAUCCAAACACAGCAUACACACACCUCCAUCUGUCUGAGGGGAACAGGAGGGUGGAGAGGAGACGUAAGGCCCAGUCAUAUCCUGAUCAUCCAGACAGAUUUGAUUAUUGGGAUCAGGUGCUGUGUAGAGAGGGUGUGUCUGCACGCUGCUACUGGGAGGUUGAGAGGAGUGGAGAUUGGGUUAAUAUAGCAGUGUCAUAUAAAAGCAUCAGCAGGAAAGGACGGGGUAAUGAGUGUAUGUUUGGAGUUAAUGAUCAGUCCUGGAUUCUGGUCCUCCGCAGCUCCAUCUCCUCUUUCUAUCACAAUAAGAAAGAGACUAAACUCCCUCUAGUGGCCAGCUCCAGAAUAGGAGUGUAUGUGGAUCACAGGGCAGGAACUCUGGCCUUCUACAGCAUCUCUGGAGACACAAUGACCCUCCUGCACAGAGUCCACACCACAUUCACACACACUCUCUACCCUGGGUUUGCAUUAGGUAGUGGAUCAUCAGUGAAUCUGUUGUGAGGCCUCUACCGGUAAAU